AUGUCGUUGCCAACGUGGGCGGAUUGGGACUGCCCGCGCUGCUCGCUCAUCAACACGCCCGACUGCGACGCAUGCGAAGCAUGCGAUCUGGCACGCCCUGAUGCGGUGGCGGCGGAUCCACGGGCCGCCUUCUUCAACAUGGCACUGGCCAGCGCCGGCUCCAAACGGCCGAUCGCCGAUGUGGUCGACUUGGCCUCGAGCGACGACGACGACGACGAGAAGGAAGAGAUUGUGGGCCAAAAACCGUGUUGGGAGAUGAAACACCCAGCAAAGCGGCGCAAGACAGACCCCGACGCCACGCCCACUGGUGCAUCUACCGAGUCCGCAGCGCGUACGGCCGAACCCGAAGGGCCGGUAACCUUGCGCGUGGCGUCGCUCAAUGUGUGGUUCGACGAGGUGCUCGUGUCCGACCGCGUUCGUUGCAUGACCCACACCAUCGCGACGUUGCAGCCGCACGUCGUCUUCCUCCAGGAGGUCACGCCCGACAUGUGUCGCCUCUUCAAGGCGCGCAUGGUGCACUUCGGGUACGUCUCGCCGAGCGACGUGGUCGAUGUCGCGUACGGGGAAAUGAUCUUUCUCCAGCGGUCGCUGCCUGUCCACCACUACGAGCGCGUCGACUUUCCACGCAGCACCAUGGGCCGGGGCCUGCACACGCUCGAGACGACAGUGGGCGGCCAGCGCUUCGUCGCGGCGACCGCGCACCUUGAAAGCCUCGGACCCAACCGCGCCGUGCGCCUCGAGCAGCUCGACUGGAGCUUCCAGGUCCUUGCGACGUCCGAUCACCCGUGGGUCUUUGGCGGCGACAUGAACCUCGGCAACCGCGACAAGGCGCCGCUCCCAGAGGGCGUGGACGAUGCGUGGGUCGCGUGCGGCUGCGACCCGCUGCACGAGCAUACGUGGGACACGAGCGUCAACAAGAACCUCCCCGGCGUCGCCUACGUCGCCAAGUGUCGGUUUGACCGCAUCUUCAGCCACGGACUCGCGCCGACGACCUUUACGACGUUUGGCAAGGACACGCUUCCGACCGACGCAGCCAUGUACCCCUCGGACCACUGGGGUGUGGCCGCGUCGUACUCCUUUUCUUAAGUUUUUCGUCAACAC